UUGGUCUCCCGCUGCCGCCGACUCCUUCAUUAUUAUCUAAAAUUCUCUCAUGAAAUUUAAUUUUUACCUUACCAGAAAUUAUAUUUUUAAAUCAAAACCGUUUUUAUUUUUUGAAUUUCAACCAAAAUCCGGUGGGAAAAGGAAAAACGGUGAAUAUUCUGUUGAUGCAUCUAUUAACAGCGGCGGAUUCAAGUGGGGAAUGGGGCGUUAAUUUUGCCGAGUAGAUAGCACUAAUUAUUCAUCUUUUUAAUUUUUUUAUUCUGCUUACGUGGCAACACAUGUACCGUUCUUUUUUUUUUUUAACAUAUAUAUAUAAAAAAAGUUACCUCAUCUGGGUCCCACCAUUAUUGCCCGCCAAUUUAGACCCCAUUUUAAAAACGGAUAAUAUAAUUAUUCAUCCUCACACUCUUUCUCUAACACCAUAAUAAAGAUUAAGAGGCAACAUCCGGACAGAUUAAACGAAUUUUGCAAUUAAUAGUAACGCGCUCUAUCUAUAAUUAUAUUGCUCCUCUUCACGGAUUCUUUUUGGAGAUUUCUUAGCCAUCCCCAAAUAAAACCCUAACUUUCUACUUUUGCGUUCUAAUGGCGGAUUUGGAGAAGCAGGACAGGGUGGUGGUUGGGAAUGGCUUUCUUGGAGAUGAGGAAGAGAAGCUUCUUGAUGGGGUUACAUUAUUGGAUUUCGAUAUGUUGUGUUCUACGGUGGCGAUGCAGACGCAGGGCAAAUGGGCGAAGUUGGAGACUACUGAAGAUGCUGCAACGGGACCCGAAUUCGGUGGGGUUUUCAGGAUGUGGGAAGGUGAACUACUUGAUUGCUACGAUGACCGUCGUAUCGCUAUUGAAUCUGCUUGCUGUCCGUGUCACAGAUUUGGGAAGAAUAUGGGAAGGGCUGGUUUUGGCUCUUGUUUUCUGCAGGGAACGGUUUAUUUAAUUCUUGUUCUUGGUGCCCUGUGCAACUUCAUUGCCUUUUUGGUUUCAAAACGCCAUUACUUUUUAUAUUCGGCAAUUGCUUUCACCAUUUCAACAGUUACAUAUUUGGGGUUCUUCCGCACGCAGAUGAGGAGGAAAUUCAAUAUAAGGGGAGGAGAUAAUUCCUUGGAUGACUGCAUCUACCACCUUAUCUGCCCCUGCUGCGCCUUAUCUCAGGAAUCACGAACGCUGGAAAUGAAUAACGUUCAAGAUGGCACAUGGCACGGUCGGGGCGACACAAUAUGUAUUGGUAGUUAUGGUGAUGCCAGUCGAAUCGUGGAGCUAAACCCACCUCCUCCUGUCUCAACCAAAAUGCCUGAACCCUGUGGCAUUCUAAAGGAUGUGGCAAAUCAUAAUCAUUCUUGAACCUGUGUGUGCAUGUAGAAAGACGUGGGUAGCUCUGCUUACGACAUGCUUUUGAGAUUCUCCAUCUGAUAUAUUACUGAAGAUAACACGAGAAUCUGCCAUGUUUCGGCAACUUUGCCCUCAAGCUCAAGUGAUGAGGGUUCAGAAAUUGGAGCUGCUGCUGCUGCUUUACUCUUGGGGUGUUGCCUUUCAGGACUGGUUUAGGCUGCACUUGGUGCAAUGGAGAUGUGGUUUCGGAGGUUGGGGGGGGGGGGGGGGGGGGGUUGAAAAUGACUCCUUUCUUGAACGAAGAUUUUCUUUUAUUUAUUUUUUCUUUUUCUUUAUUUUUAUCUUAUGUUAUUCUACCACUGUGUAAAGACCCACGAUAGCAUGUUCAGGUCGUUAAAACAACACUUGAAAACUUGUAUAUACCAUGCCAGAAUUUUAUGUAUCAAUUAGAUGAAUGCAGCCCUUGAACAUCUGGCUGUUUUGAUAAUUUAUUCCUCUUAGAACCA